AUGAAUAGCAACCACCACAACAAUAAGAAGAAAAGCAAUAUUUGCAGUUUUACAUUCAUCUCACAAGCUCAGAUACCAGUAUAUGUUACUGGAGUUGAACGGAGUUGGAACUUUCUCAAAUUAGAAUUUGAUCGUCAGAGUGAUGGACUUCCGAGUGCGAAUGCUAGAUAUUAUCAAACCUUAUAUACUGGUCCUAAACUUUUUGCCGUAGACGACAAUGACGUAGUCUAUUAUCAUGAUGCAGAACAAUGGACUCCUUAUAGUAGUGCAUCAAUUAUAACAUAUUCAUAUGACUCAGAUUUUGUAGAAGAUGAGGAUGAAAGUAAUGAUGUUUGCGUAUUAUCACCAGAUUUUCAUUAUGAAGAAAUAUUAAAUAAAAGACAAGUAAGUUUAUCCCAAUAA